GUGAGCUCUCGAUGUAGUUGUACGUUUGUCAUCGGGACUAGGUCGUACAUAACCUAUACAUAUGUGAAUGGAUUUUUGUGUGAAACUCAGUGAAGUGCUAUAUUAUAUGUUGCGAAGAAUUUUCGUAACUGUGGAACGUCUACUAAUACGGAUGUAUGUAUGAAGUUGUUUUUCGACAAGGGGCACUACUACUAACCACCUUGGACUUGGUGAAAAAGUAUGGCGACGUGGGAGAGUGAGAAAUUUGAUCGAGAGGAUGGCGAUCAUACCGAGGGUAUCAGUGAUAAUUUUGAGGGGAUCCUGGUGACUCAUGAUCUCCAGGACUGUCUCGAUGACAGUCUGGAUUUGACGAAUUUUGGCAAGAUAUACGAACAAUCAGUGGGAUAUGACUGCAAGUACUCUGAUACCGAGGAUACAUCAUUCGUUUCGAGGAUACCUGAUGACCCCACUGGGUACAUUCACCACACGAUCAGUCCAGAUGAAAUUUACAUGCGAAUUCAUCCGGGCCAAGAUGAUUCAAUGCCCGAUGUGCCUUCCCAUGCUACGAUUACCAUUGAAAGCACCGAUCCUGACACCAAUCAAAAACACAUCAGCAGAUACGAGUGCGAGUAUGACGGUUGCUCUCGUACUUACAGUACUGUUGGAAAUCUCAGGACCCACAUGAAAACCCACAAAGGGGAGUAUCGAUUCAAGUGCACUGAGCCAAAUUGUGGAAAGGCUUUUCUCACGUCGUACAGUUUGAAAAUUCAUGUGAGGGUGCACACCAAAGUAAAACCCUUCGAAUGUACUUACGAUGGCUGCGAGAAGGCAUUCAAUACUCUAUACAGACUGAGGGCACACCAAAGACUACACAGUGGGAAUACCUUCAAAUGUGAAGAGGCUGGAUGUAUUAAAUUCUUCACAACUCAUAGCGAUCUCAAAAAACACAUUCGUACCCACACGCAAGAACGCCCUUACAAGUGCAAGGAAAAGGGCUGUGGGAAGGCUUUCACUGCUUCUCACCAUUUGAAAACCCACAAACGAACACACACGGGGGAACGUCCCUACACCUGUCCGCAGAUUAAUUGUCAAAGAUCCUUUACGACGCCACAUAGUCUGAAGAGCCAUUUAAAGACGCACAGAAAAUCGACGAAUAGUGGACAAAUUCAAACUCAGGAGACUCAGAUUUCACCACAGGAUCCUGUCAAUGAAGAUUCAUUAUCGUCGUACACUGUUGUAUCUAUCGACACAACUAAACAGAGAGAUAACACAAACAUGGGAUAUUUAUCAUCGAUUAAGCCCGAGGGGGCAGCUAUAAUAACACUGAAUGAUCUCACCUUCAAUUUAUCCUCGACUGGGAAUGUCUUGCAGAUCGACAGUACAAACAAUAAUAUUUUGGUCGAAUCUUUUUCGAGUGACAACAAAAUGAUCGGAGAGAGUUAUACCAAAGAUAAUCAGACCUUCGAAAUAGGAAGUUAUGGGGAAGCUGAGAAUAAACUGGGGAUAAAUUCAACGAACGAGGGAUUAUUGGCAUCCUCAGAGCCUGAGUCAUUUGGAAAAGACAAGUCUACAUCUGCGCCACUUAAUUUAGAGCAGAAAAUCGUACGCGAUGGCAUUCAGAGUACAAUCGCUGAAUUGUCACAUGUCAGUGAUGAGGGGUCAUCCUGCAAUAUUUUCACGAUGAAGGACUUGAUCAACGACAAUAAUGUCGAUGUUAUUCUGAAUGAGAAAAGUAAUGAGUCACCGUUGUUCGAGACUAGUCUCGAGUCCCUGACAUUCACCAGUGAAACGAAUAAUUUAUUACUGAGUAAUGUGAGUGAACAGUCUGAGGCUGUGGAGCUUGCCAUAGCCUCUGAAGAGGAAAUCCCAUCCCCUUGGAUAGACGUGAUGGCUCUCGCUGCUGAACCUGCCCUGAGGACGGAGUCCUGGGGAGAGAUGAAUGCUUUUCCCACAGCUGUUCAUUCUUUAGUGGAUCUCGUGGGGCCAGAGCCUUCUCCUCUGCAGAUUGAAAGGCAGAUUGAGGGGUCAACCAUUCUAGCUACAACAGAACCCAAUUCUAUACCUCAAGAAACCAUCAGCGAUAACAAAGAUAAGGAGCGAAAUAUUCUCCAGGAGAUCACGGCUGAUGCUGACAUAUGCAAAUGCACAGAUUGCAAGUGCGAUCAGUCAAAGAGCUGUCACAAUUGCACACCGGAACCAACUUGCUGUGAUAGAAAAACCAAUUCACUGAGCAUUGUCAAUGAAAUAGUCUCGUGCUUGCAGAAUCAAUGUACAAAUGAUAUUGCGAGUAAUUGUGGCUCCUGUUGUCUCGUUAUUUGCUUCAAGACACUGGAGCAACUUCAGAGAGUAUUUAAAGAGAACUGCUGCAGCCGAGAGCCACAGAGUUCGUCGUGCUGCCGAGAUAAAUCCUCGAAUUUUCAUGAUAUCUAUCACGACGAGGAAUCCUGUAAAUGACUCGUGUCAAUGUUAUUAAUUUGGAGCUUUACUAGUCAAUUUCAUAAACUGAGUCUAUCUUGCUAUUCUCUUGCAUUUACUGUAAAUCUGGGAGAAUACAACAAUGCAAUAUUUAAAUAUAUCUGGCGAAGUGUAAGGUGAGAUAAGUCGAAUGCAACAUUUUUAAAAUUAUCGAUUUAUAUUUUGUCCAAAAUUCAGUGAGUAAUUUUCCUCGACUUUCUGAGAAGUAUCUCCGAUUCUCAUGGAGACAACGAUAAUUUCCAUGAAUUUUUUUCUGUUUUAAAUAAUUUAACAGAAGUGUAAAGUUCGACUGAUUACACUUUACCUCUUCGCUAUUGAUUUAAUUGCCUUUCGUGUGCGUGUGUUCGUAUUUUUUUUUCAGCAGUUAUGCAACUAAUAAUUCAAAAUUCGCAAUAAAAAA